CUGUUCAUUGAUGGUACCCUGGGAGGAGGUGGACACUCCGCUGCCUUGCUCCAACGCUUGCAACCGGGUGAUGUGGUCUUUGGGUGUGACGUCGAUCCCGCCGCACUCGCAACGGCAUCCGAGCGCACCGGUAACGAUGCGACCACGAAUCUCGUGCUUCCACCCACGUGUCCCGGUGUCGACGGUAUUCUACUCGACCUCGGCGUCAGUUCACACCAGAUUGACACUGCCGAGCGCGGCUUUGCUUUUAUGAAGGACGGACCCCUGGAUAUGCGCAUGGGACAACAAAAUCUGCACACUGGCUUGACCGCAGCCGAUAUUUGCAACGAAUUUGACGAAGUCGAAUUAAGACGCAUUCUGAAAACGUACGGCGACGAGCCUCGGGCCAAGUCAAUCGCCCACUCGAUUGUGCAGUCCCGGCCACUGCAAACCACCAACGAUUUAGUAGAGGCAGUGUCGGCCGUUGUCCCGCAAUUUGCCCGCAAAGGCAAACGACUCGGACGCAUGUCCACGCUAGCUCGGGUCUUUCAGAGUCUCCGCAUUGUUGUCAAUCAAGAAGACAAGGUGCUGGAACAAGCCUUGGUCGACAUGGCACCAACUCUGCUGCGACCAGGAGGACGACUGGUGGUCUUGAGUUACCAAAGCAUGGAGGAUCGAUCGACCAAGCGGGUAAUGCGGGAUGGGAUGACGCGUAAGAAAACCCAUAGCGAUGAAAAGGACAUGUACGGGAACUAUUGCGGUGCUCCGAGGCCGUUUCUGGCAUUAGGGAAACGACAAAAGGCAACGGAAGAAGAAAUUGCCGGUAAUCCUCGUGCACGGAGUGCCACCUUGCGGGUUGCCGAACGUCAAGACACCGGUAAAGCCAAAGUAUAG